GGGUACAAAGUAGAAUUUUCCUACAAGUUCCAGCCUGGGGAGGUUUUCAAAAUCCUCUGGGCCGAGCCUACUGGCACAAAUACAACCUCUGUGUUCGACGAACCCCUCUCGGAUAUCCAAACUGCUCCUGGACAACAAGGCCCGCGGGGAAAGUUUUUCAUUGGAUUCCGUCGGUUUAUCGUCGUUGCAACAGAUGAGGGCCAUAGCACUUGCGUUCCCAUACUGACAUACGAACGACGGGGCUGCAACAAGAAGGGAGUCAAAGCUAAUAAGCAUGGCAUCAUAUGCAGUGUUGGACAUCGACCAAAGCUUCUUAAAGGCGAGCCAAAUAUGGGUUACCCUCCGGUUUUAAUGAAGAUGAGCGCGGAGGGCGAGAAGCUCGCGAAAGAGUCUCGUGUUAAUUACUCGAAGCUGGUCACCAUCGAGCACAACGUCAAAGUCUUCUUUAUCGGGACCAUCGAGGGUAGGGAUUUCGAAACCGUUCAAUCCGCCGUCGACGAGUGCUGGCAAAGGAAGCUACACCAUACAUCCAGGAGGACCAGGAAUUAA